GUCCCAGAAUCCAAGAUGGCGGGAUCCAGGCGGAGGGGUCCGCGGGCCGGAGUCCGGCCGCUCCUCUGCGCCCUGCUGCUGUCCUGCGGCCGUUUUGUCGGGGGCGACGGCGUGGGAAGCAGCCCCGCGGCCGCCGGCGCCGCGGGCACCCCGGGCGCGCUGCCACAUCGCCGAUUCGAGUACAAGUACAGCUUCAAGGGGCCGCACCUGGUGCAGAGCGACGGGACCGUGCCCUUCUGGGCCCACGCGGGGAAUGCUAUUCCAAGUUCAGAUCAAAUUCGAGUAGCACCAUCUUUAAAAAGCCAGAGAGGAUCAGUGUGGACAAAGACAAAGGCAGGCUUUGAGAACUGGGAAGUUGAGGUGACAUUUCGAGUGACUGGACGAGGUCGGAUUGGAGCUGAUGGCCUAGCAAUUUGGUAUACAGAAAAUCAAGGCUUGGAGGGUCCUGUGUUUGGAUCAGCUGAUAGGUGGAAUGGAGUUGGAAUAUUUUUUGAUUCUUUUGACAAUGAUGGAAAGAAAAAUAAUCCUGCUAUAGUAAUUAUAGGCAACAAUGGACAAAUCCAUUAUGACCAUCAAAAUGAUGGUGCUAAUCAAGCUUUGGCGAGUUGCCAGAGGGAUUUCCGUAACAAGCCCUAUCCUGUCCGGGCCAAGAUUGUGUAUUACCAGAAAACAUUGAUGGUAAUGAUCAACAAUGGCUUUACACCAGAUAAAAACGAUUAUGAAUUUUGUGCCAAAGUGGAAAAUAUGGUCAUCCCAGCACAAGGGUAUUUUGGAAUAUCUGCUGCAACUGGAGGUCUUGCAGAUGACCAUGAUGUCCUUUCUUUUCUGACUUUCCAGUUGACUGAACCUGGGAAAGAGCUGCCUACACCAGAUAAGGAAAUCUCAGAAACAGAAAAAGAAAAGUAUCAGGAGGAAUUUGAGCACUUUCAACAAGAACUGGAUAAAAAAAAAGAGGAAUUCCAGAAGGGCCACCCUGACCUCCAAGGACAGCCUGCGGAGGAAAUAUUUGAGAGUGUAGGAGAUCGUGAGCUGAGACAGGUUUUUGAAGGACAGAAUCAUAUUCAUCUUGAAAUCAAGCAAGUGUUCCAAAAGAUAGACAUGAUUCUUGACGAACAGAGAAGAUGUGUCUCUUCCUUGACAGAGGAGAUUGCCAGAAGAGGAGCAGGUGGCCUGGGACAGCACGGACAGAUCUCUCAACAAGAACUAGACACUGUUGUGAAAAGUCAGCAAGAGAUUCUGAGACAAGUAAAUGAAAUGAAGAUUUCAGUGAGUGAAACUGUAAGACUGGUCAGUGGAAUACAACAUCCUGGCUCUGCCGGAGGAGCCUAUGAGACAACACAGCACUUUCUGGACAUCAAAGAACACCUGCACGUCGUGAAGAGGGACAUAGAUAACUUAGUGCAGCAAAACAUGCCAUCAAAUGAAAAACCAAAAUGCCCAGAACUACCACCAUUUCCGUCAUGUUUAUCUACAGUGCACUUUGUCAUAUUUGUAGUGGUGCAAACGAUGUUAUUCAUUGGUUAUAUCAUGUACAGGUCUCAGCAAGAAGCAGCUGCCAAAAAGUUCUUUUGACCACCAUUUUCAUAUGUGUACGUCAUGUAUGUAUGUACAAAAUGUUGUCAUUUUGAGGGAAUUUGAGUAUUUAAAUUGCUUCAUAGUCUAAAUUAUUCCAUUUUAUAUAAAAUAACUGUUUAAACAUUGAUUUGCAGUAAGAAUAAACCAUAAAGUAAAGACAACCACA